AUGAUUCUUCAACGCCAUGCUGUUGCCUUUGCACUGCUUGCUGUUUGGCUGGCGCUGAGCUUGCCCAACGUGGCUGCUGCUCGCGACCGAGAUGUGAAUCUUCAGCGGCGCAACCACCCCACCACCACAACGUAUACACAGGAAAAGUGCUACACAAAGGUUGCGAGUACGAAGAAGAAGCAUGUCCACACCACCACACUGUACUCGACGACUACCUCGACGGUCUCUGUCACGGUAAAGUCGACAGGCAGCACUACUACGGUGACACCUUCGCCGACGACUGUCACCUCCACUGCCACUGCAAGCACGACGACGACUAGCACCAACUUAGCAGUCACUGACACAUUCCUUCAUCAGGUUCACCAACACCAUCACACCAACGGCCACGACUACUUCAACCUCGACGGCCACGAGCACCAGCACUUCUACGGCGUCCACUACGACGGCAACUACAACCACAAGCACAUCCACAGCAAAGCGCAGGUCAAGCGCCAGGCAAAGGCUCCAAGCCUCUUGGCUCGUAUGCCGGUCAUCAAGAAGCUGUGCAAGUCCUACCCCCAGUCGGUGACGUGCAAGGAGCUCAUCGAAAAGGUCGUCCACGUCACAACCACAGUGUCAUCCCCCUCGACCACAACGGUCACUGCACACAGGCCCACAUCAACUGCUACGACGACGACGACGAAGACGAUUACCUCGACCGUGGCGCCUCCUGAUACACAGACGACAGUGGCCACAGCCACGUCUUAUGCUGCUUGCCAGACCAACAAUGUCAUCAACAAGAUCAGUGGCCAAUACGUAUUCAACAUCUAUCCAAGCGACGACAGCGCAGUCAUCAACACUGGACCAUCAAAUGCAGCGUCAGACUGCUGCGUGGCUUGUCAGCAGGCCGGCUGCAACGCCUGGGAGUUCUUCAACGCAGACCAGGUUGACUAUGGAAACCAGUGCUAUAUGAUCAGCGAUACGACUUGCCCUGCGCCGUACGAGGUGGACACUGAUCCCAGCCUCGCCGCAGACGAAGUGGGGACAUUUGGAAACGGCGCCUGUGGCCAGGUGCAGACGAUUGUCCGGGAUUGAUUACACUGUACUUUCUUCUGUCGGUGCUCGACUCGUCGACCCGAAAUAGA